UUACUUUUUCUCUUUCUCCCUCUCUCUCUCUCUCUCUCUCUCUCUCUCUCCCUCUUUCUCUAUUGUGUAUUUACAAAAGAUCGGCAAUGUGAUUAAAAAAAUGAAAAAAAUUCGAAGAGGAACGAUCGUUGACAAAAUCGUUGACCUCGAGUGAUCAAACGCAAAGGAUACCAUUAUGAAAGAGUGCAAAGUAUCGGAUAUUAAAUCGCUUUGAAUAUCGUAAAAUGGAAUUGUUUAUUAACGGUGGAACGACAAGGACGAAGAUCAAUUUUUAACAUUUCGUCAGGAUGACGGAGAAACGUUUAUCGUUGGGCAUCAACGUUAGUAUCCUUCUGAUUCUCACGAUAUUCGGUAUUUUAUUGUCUCUACCGUUAAAAUUACUCUUGUAUACGAAUUACGAUGCCCAAAGUCACGAAAAUGACAGUGAUAACGAUAUCGGUAUAUUGUCGGCCGAGGCGAAGAACAAGGAGAUGUUAGAAUUGUUGAUCGAUUAUAGAAAAUUGAAACGGUGCAGAAGACAUCGUUACGAGGAUCAGAUAAAAUCGAUCUUUUACAGCGAUUACGACCAAAACUGUACGUACGUAAAAGUUCCGACGAAAGAGGAAGAGGAAACGACGGACGAUUCGUUUCUACCGAUCAACGAGGUGGUGCUAAAGGUGAAUAAGAGAGUGGAGGAGAAGAAGGUGGUGAAGGAGGAGGGUAAAGUGAAGGAGAAAGAAGACGUGAAGAACAGUGAAGAAGAGGAGUCGCAGGAAUCGAAGGAAAUCGUUGUUGCAGGACACAUACUCGUGACGAUGCUCCUCGUUUCAGCGAUCGCAGCUUUGGUCGAAGUACUUCGGAUUAGAUUCUCCAAGGACAAGAAUAAGGAUACUUCGUCGAGAGGUAACAUCGUUUCAAGAAAAAGCUCCACCAUUGAUCUUCCGAUUCAAAGGCGCUUCUUUCCAAGAGAGCCAAUGAAGAGUCAAAGAUCCUUCGAAUUGUUAGGAAUGCAUCGAUCUUCUUUGCACCUCUUGGGUGAACGACCAGCCCCGCUUAUUCGACGUUCUUCCUUUCCAACGCAUCAGGCUAACAAUAAACGAUCAGCUCCAUCGGCCACUGGCACGCCAAAUAUACGAAUGUCACGACGUCAAUCGGCCGAGUCCGAGGAAGAAAUCGGAGUACUUAUCACCGCUCUUCAUCAUCGUACACGUUUGAUCCGUCGCCAUUAAGGUCUUUUAUGCACGACGCACAACGAUCAUAUCCAGGACCGUUUAUCAAAUCCAAGCUAUAUACAUAUAUAUACAUAUACAUAUAUAUAUAUUUAUGUGUAUAUAUAUACACACACAUACACACACACACACACACACACACACACACACACACGCUUCGAAUUAAGGCCCAUCCAUGGAGACAAACUUUUACGUGAAACGUAUCAUUUCUUAUUGGGAAGAAUCUGACUGCCGUUUGCAUCUGAAACUGUGUAUCAUAUCAUACGUAUAAAACGAAUUUACUUAUUUACGUCCGUACUUACUCCAAAUGGAAUUUUUAAUUGUUUUCAUCUACGAUUGUGUAAGAUCAUUUAUUAUUGCAUCUAUGUUAAAAAGAAAAUACUUUAUAUUUCCUUUCCUUUCAUUUAAUUUCGUAGUUAAUUGUGGCGUUACGUUUUUAGCAGACGGACUACGUAUAUCGCUAAAAAAAAAAAAAAAAAAAAAAAAAAGAAAAAGAAAAAGAAACAUGUCGAUGAAGUUCAACGUCAAAAAAACGAAUUGUUUACGUUCAAUUCGAAGUAAUGUAAUCUUACUUGACGAAAGGAUAUAAAUAUGUCUGUGUAAGAGGGAACAGUGAGACAUAAAAAAAGAAAAGAAAUGAAAAGAAAAGAAAAGAAAGAAGUAUAUUUUAGAGAACUAACGAGUUAGGACAUAUUUUGGUAAUAAUAAAAAAAAAGAAAAAAAAAAAAAGAAAGAGAAAGAACAAUCGUUAUAUCCCUCCGUUAGGAGAUACUUGGACCGUCUAACCCUGUGAUCUUCGUCGUUCUUCAUGUGAUACAUAAAAUGUUAAUUAUAGUUUACGAAAUAUAUAUAUAUAUAUAUACAUACACAUGAA